AUCUGCUCCCUCUGUCCCCCGCACUUUCAUCAGCCGUUAAAACCGUUUAAUUCGUUACUAACAUGCAGCAACGUUAUUUUCCGAGCCAUCUUUAAACGCAUCAUGACCGUAAGACUUGCAAACAGUGGCAUCCGGUGGUUCACCGACGGGAGACGCUGCAGAGCGUUCUGCAUGAUCAGCAUCAUGUUCGUCUAACCAACCAAAGCCAGUAGGCAAUCAACAUUUAUUAUUUCAAAACCUAUACCACAAGGUUUCCGCUUGAAAUAAUUUGAGUGGGGCUCUGGGAACCAAACACUUCAUACUUUCUCACUGUGCAACCAUGAUGCAUGCAGGCGCCAUCAUGUAUGUUCUCCUGUUGAUCUCCCUCACUGGUGCUUCUGCAAGCAGCAUUUUUGGAGGCAAAGUUUCGAAGCCCCAUUCCAGACCCUACAUGGCGUCCCUUCAGUACCAAGGCAGUCAUAGAUGUGGUGGGAUACUUAUUCGGAAGGAUUUUGUUCUAACUGCGGCACACUGUCUACGUGAAGGUGACAUGACGGUGGUGCUGGGAGCACAUGACCUCAGCAAGGCAGAGAAAAGUCAGCAAAGGAUCAAAGUGGCAAAGUUCAUUAAGUAUCCACAAAACACUGGAAAUUUGGAUUUCGACAUCAUGCUGCUGAAGCUAGACAAUAAUGCCACAAUGAAUAAGUACGUGAAGCCCUUUGAACUGCCCAAGAAAGGCAAAAAAAUCUCUGACAAAGUUAGUUGUGUUGUUGCGGGCUGGGGGACUACUGGACCAAAUGAUACUAUUUCAAAUGUACUGAAAGAAGGGACUGAAACGACCCUGUCCAUCCCUAAAUGUAAAAAUAUUUGGAAAGAAGACUUCAAUUCAGAACAUAUGAUUUGCACCACGUUUACCAAGAAGAAAGGAGGAAUAUGCCAGGGUGAUUCUGGUGGACCUCUAAUUUGCAAAAAUAAGAUUCAGGGCAUAACUUCUUACACUGACAAAAAAUGUGACAAUCCAGUAUAUCCUCAUGUCUUCAUGAAGGUUGAUUUUUUUCUUCCCUGGAUCGACAAGAUGUUGCAUACUAAUUACUAUGGGGCUCUGGGAACCAUACACUUCAUACGUUCUCACUGUGCAACCAUGAUGCAUACAGGCGCCAUCAUGCAUGUACUGUUGAUCACACUCACUGGGGCUUCUGAGAGUGGGAUUUUUGAAGGCAAAGUUUCAAAGCCUCAUUCCAGACCCUACAUGGCAUCACUCCAGCAAAGAAGAAACCAUAUAUGUGGUGGGAUGCUUGUUCGGGAGGACUUUGUGCUAACUGCAGCACACUGCAAACCUGACCAGGUAGUGCUCGGAGCCCAUGAUAUCAGCAAGGAGGAGAAAAGUCAGCAAAGGAUCAAAGUGGCAAAGUCCUACAGGCAUCCAAAUUUCAAAGACAAAUAUGACUAUGACAUUAAGUUGCUUAAGCUGGCAAACAAUGCCACACUGAAUAAAAAUGUCCGACUCAUAGAGCUGCCGAAGAAAGAGAAGAAAAUCCUUGCCAACCUAGAGUGUCUUACCGCUGGCUGGGGCACAACUGGACCAAAGCAACCUAUUUCAACUGUUCUGAAAGAAGCGACAGAAAAGACACAAUUUAACAAAGAGUGUGAUUACAUUUGGAAAGAAAUUUUCAUUCCCCAGCAAAUGAUUUGCACAAAGUUUUCCAAGAAAAAAGGAGGAAUAUGCCAGGGUGAUUCUGGUGGACCCCUUAUAUGCAAAAAUAAGCUUCAAGGCAUAACUGCUUUCACUGAUGACAAGUGUGACAACCCAACGUACCCACAUGUCUUCACUAAAAUUGAUUUCUUUCUUCCCUGGAUCAACAAGAUAAUGCAGAAAUAAGGCCCAUGCGGUGCGCACUUCAUCUUCCAUAUAAAAUACAAAAAGGUGUAAUAAGCCUGUAAUGUAGAGCAUGACAAAUCUUCUGCUUUAAUUAAAAACAACCUUGAUGUUUUACUUCCGUUUAAAAUUGGGAAAUUCUACAAUAAAGCUGCAUUUUUU